GCUGGCCCAGGCCUGCUCUAGAGAAGACGCGCGACUUGGGAGGCGGGCCCAGCGAGCGCGAGUUCAAACGUUAACUCGGUCUCUCUCCCUCUCUGUGUGUCUCAUCUUUUGGAAACGCUCGAGGCUAGAGGAAGCAGCCUAGGCCGCAGCCGUCUCCAUGGCGACAGAGACCUGCUACUUAGGCUGGGAUUUCAGCACGCAGAAGCUGAAAGUAAUUGCUGUAGAUGAAAAACUGAGAGUCAUCCAUGAGGACAAUGUUAAUUUCGACAAAGAUCUUCCAGAAUUUGGCACUCAAGGUGGAGUUUGUGCCCAAAGUGACAGGCUGACAGUGACUUCUCCUGUAUUAAUGUGGGUCAAGGCCCUAGACAUGGUCUUGGAAAAAAUGAAGUCUUCUGGAUUUAAUUUCUCCAAAGUGAAAGCUUUAUCUGGAGCUGGACAGCAACAUGGAAGCAUCUAUUGGAAGCAAGGUGCCAGCUCUGCUUUACAAAACCUAUCACCUGAUGUUCCUUUACACCAGUCGUUGCAGUCCUGCUUCUCUGUGAGUAACAGUCCUGUCUGGAUGGAUUCUAGUACAACAGCCCAAUGCCGCUCUCUAGAAAAAGCUGUUGGAGGGGCUCAGAAACUUGCGGACAUCACUGGUUCCCGGGCGUAUGAGCGUUUUACAGGAAACCAGAUAGCAAAGAUUUACAGCCUGAGCCCCGAAGCCUAUGCACAAACCGAGCGGAUCUCUUUGGUCAGCAGCUUCGCAGCCUCCCUUUUCCUUGGUGCGUAUGCUCCCAUCGAUUACAGUGACGGUUCUGGCAUGAAUUUAUUCGACAUCCAUAAGAAAGUAUGGAAUCCAGCCUGUCUUGAUGCUUGUGCCCCCGGAUUAGGGAAAAAGUUGGGCGAUCCUGUACCAUCCUGCAAAAUAUUGGGCUCGGUUUCACCAUAUUACAUCAAACGUUUUGGGUUUGAUCCCAACUGUAAAGUUGUAGCAUUUACUGGAGACAACCCAGCCUCCCUGGCAGCAAUGAGACUUGCAGAAGGGGAUCUUACAAUUAGCCUUGGAACCAGUGACACAUUGUUUCUCUGGAUUAAGCAGCCCAAACCUGCUUUAGAAGGUCACAUCCUCUGCAGUCCUGUGGAUACCGAAGCCUUCAUGGCCUUGCUGUGUUAUAAGAAUGGUUCUUUGAUGAGAGAGAAGAUACGAGAUAAGAUUGCCUCCGGCUCAUGGGAAGAGUUCUCCAAAGCAUUAGCAUCAACACCUGUUGGGAAUGAAGGAAAUGUAGGUUUUUAUUUUGAUGUGAUGGAGAUUAUACCCAAUGCAGAGGGAAUUCACAGAUUCAACAAACGCAACGAAAGAGUGACAACAUUUCCUAAAGAAGUGGAGAUACGUGCCUUGAUCGAAGGGCAGUUCAUGGCCAAAAGGAUUCAUGCUGAAAAGCUGGGAUACAAAAUCUUGCCCACAACAAGAGUCCUUGCGACUGGUGGGGCAUCAGACAAUGAAGCAAUCUUACAAGUCUUGUCUGAUGUAUUCAAUGCUCCUGUUUACACAAUUGACACUGCUAAUUCAGCCUGUUUAGGAUCUGCUUACAGAGCAAUCCAUGGACUCGUUGCAGAGACAAGCGUGUCCUUGACGGAUGUUGUGAAAUCAGCACCCGGGCCCAAAUUAGUUGCGACUCCCAAAGCUGGUGUGGCUCAGGUCUACCAGCCUUUGCUUAAGAGAUACAUGGACCUCGAGGAGCAAGUGCUGAAGCGGUCAAAGUGACAUCAGAAGCGAGAGCUGGGAAUCAAGCCGUCGCCUUAAAUAAAAAGGAAGCAGGAGAUCAGAAGAAACUGUGUCUGUAAUUGUAUAAAGCCUUCCUUCAUUUAGUACUUGAAAGAGAAAAAUAGCGAUUUGAUUUUAUCUAAAAGCUGGACCGUAAAUGCGGGUAACAUUUGAUCUCUUUGUCACUGGCUGUCUUGACUGCUGUUGUGAGUUCUUACAUCAUUCUUGCCUUUUCGUGCCCUCUCUUUCAUCCUAGCAGCCAAGUGCUGGACUCUAGAAAAGGACUCACAAUGCAUUCAGCUUGGGGCACUUGCUGGAAGUUGCAUAUCAGCCCACUAAGCUGAAUCAGUCCCAUGCUGAGUCCUGUCGGGGCCUACCUUUUUAGUUUCAGAAACGAAGUUUUCCACAGUUUGCAAUACAUGAUGAGCGGCACUUGACUUGGAAAGUCA